CAGUGAGGAGCCAAGUGUUGUCGGCCAUGGCGGCUUCGAAGAUGGUAAUGGCUUCUUCUCUGACUCACUUCCGCCGUCUAACGUGCGCCGCCACCGAUUCCUCAGCGUCUUAUCCUGCGCGGCUGGUGCCACAGCCACCUGAUUUGAUCAAGUGGGUCCGGAGACAAGGAGGGUUCGUUCACCACUCACUGAAGAUAGCCCAAGACAGUACCAAUGGUCUUGGACUUUUGGCUUCUGACGAAAUUCCAAAAGGGUCUGAUCUUAUUGCUCUUCCUCAUCAUAUUCCCUUGAGAUUUAGCCCUCUUGAAUCGGACGGGUGAGAUGAGUCUUCCUUCGUUUUGGUCAAUUUGCCUCGCCAAGUUCCCGAGGAACUAUGGGCUAUGAAAUUGGGUUUGAGGUUUCUACAAGAAAGAGCCAAGGUUGGAUCCUUCUGGUGGCCGUACAUCAGCAACCUUCCCGAAGCUUACAGUGUACCCAUUUUCUUCGCCGGGGAGGAUAUAAAGAACUUGCAGUACGCUCCUCUUCUUUAUCAGGUAAACAAGAGAUGCCGAUUUCUUCUUGAUUUUGAGCAAGAAGUAAGACGAGCUCUUGAGGAUCUGAAAGCAAAUGACCAUCCAUUUAAUGGCGAAGAUGUGGAUGCAUCCUCACUAGGAUGGGCAAUGUCUGCAGUUUCGUCUAGGGCAUUUCGUGUGCAUGGUAAAACCCUCCCGGAUGGGACCAAAGAGGAUGUUCCCAUGAUGCUUCCUCUUAUUGAUAUGUGCAACCAUAGCUUUGAACCCAAUGCCCGAAUAGUCCAAGAGCAAGGUGCAGAAAAUGGGAAGAUGCUAGUGAAGGUUGUGGCAGAAACAGAAAUUAAACAGAAUGAUCCUUUAGCACUAAACUAUGGUUGUUUAAACAAUGAUCUUUUCCUACUGGAUUACGGAUUUGUGAUACCAUCAAACCCAUACGACUGCAUUGAGCUGAGAUAUGAUGGGGCCCUUCUGGAUGCUGCAAGUAUGGCUGCCGGAGUUUCUUCACCGAGCUUCUCAUCACCUUCUCCCUGGCAGCAACUAAUUCUAAAACAGCUUGGUUUAGAUGGAGAAGCUCCUAAUCUCAAGGUAACCCUAGGGGGUCCAGAAUUGGUAGACGGUCGUUUAUUGGCGGCAUUGAGAGUACUUGUUGCUAACAACUUGCAAGCAGUCGAGAAGCAUGAUCUGGAAACGCUCAAAUCUCUAUCGGCCGAAGCUCCUCUUGGCGUCACAAACGAAAUAGCUGCUUUCCGUACCGUCAUUGCUCUAUGCGUGAUUGCUCUGGGACACUUCCCAACUAAAAUCAUGGAAGACGAAUCACUGCUCAAAGAGGGUGUUUCGGGUUCUUUGGAGUUGGCUGUAACGUUCAGAAUUCAGAAGAAAUCUCUGAUAAUAGAUGUGAUCAAGGAUCUCACAAGGAGGGUGAAGUUACUCUCAUCAAAAGAAACAGUCACUGCCCAAGAGUAAAUUUUGAUAAUAGAUUCACUUCAUUUGCAGAUUGUGCUUCAUUUUGCCCAUUACUUUCUCUCCGUGCUCUGAGGAUCAUGUUUCUAGAAACAUUUUAUAAUGCUUUACACCGGUUAUAACUGUUUGUCAGGUUAUAGAUAUUUUUAUUUUAUAUGGAUAAUAUUUGUCACGAAACACACACUUCAUAAGCA